CCCUGCCUACCUGAGAAACCCAUGAUUUCCCAGAUGUCCUGAGAUAUUGAGAGCAGUGUAAGCGAGGAACUUCUGCAGGUUUUGGAGGCUUGCUUGCUGCUCGCUGUGCAUUGAGGCCAUGGCACCACGGCUCACUGGAAUGGCAUCUCUCUCUCUUGCUGCCCUUGGACUCCUGCUGUCAGCUGUCCCUGCUGAUGCUGGGCUUUCUCAGAAGCAUGUUUCAGACGUUGUUGAUGACAGCAAAGACAACAUCACCAUUUUCACGCGCAUCCUGGACAGGCUGUUGGAUGGCUAUGACAACCGCCUAAGGCCUGGACUCGGAGACAGUGUAACUGAAGUCAAGACAGAUAUUUACGUGACAAGUUUUGGCCCCGUCUCAGACACAGACAUGGAAUACACCAUUGAUGUCUUUUUCCGGCAAUCCUGGAGAGACGAGAGGCUGAAGUUCGAUGGUCCCAUGAAGAUCCUUCCUCUGAACAACCUGCUGGCAAGCAAGAUCUGGACUCCUGAUACCUUCUUCCACAAUGGGAAGAAAUCUGUUGCCCACAACAUGACAACACCCAACAAGCUGCUGCGCCUGGUGGAUAAUGGCACGCUCCUGUACACGAUGAGGCUAACCAUUCAUGCAGAGUGCCCCAUGCACCUGGAGGACUUCCCAAUGGAUGUGCACGCUUGCCCGCUGAAAUUUGGGAGCUAUGCCUACACAAAAACAGAGGUAAUCUACACCUGGACCCUGGGGAAGGAUAAAUCUGUGGAAGUAGCAAAGGGUGGAUCUCGCCUGAACCAGUAUGACCUGCUGGGCCAUGUUGUUGGGACAGAGAUGGUUCGAUCCAGCACAGGGGAGUAUGUUGUCAUGACCACGCACUUUCACCUCAAGAGGAAGAUCGGGUACUUCGUCAUCCAGACCUACCUGCCCUGCAUCAUGACUGUAAUCCUGUCCCAGGUCUCCUUCUGGUUGAACAGGGAAUCUGUCCCCGCCAGAACAGUUUUUGGUGUCACCACUGUGCUCACCAUGACCACGCUAAGCAUCAGCGCAAGAAACUCGUUACCUAAAGUGGCGUACGCGACGGCCAUGGACUGGUUCAUAGCCGUCUGUUAUGCCUUUGUGUUUUCUGCGCUGAUUGAAUUUGCCACUGUCAACUACUUCACCAAGCGCAGCUGGGCUUGGGAUGGCAAGAAGGUGUUGGAGGCCCAGGAGAUGAAGAAAAAAGAGCCAGUGGCACUAGCGAAGAAAACCAACAACACCUACAACAUAGUUGGCACCACAUAUCCCCUCAACAUUGCCAAGGACCCUGGCCUGCCCACCAUCUCCAAGAGUGCUGCUGCCACUGCUACUGCCACCAACGUACCCCCCAAGAUGCCCCGCUUAGAGGAGAAGUUCCCAGAGAGUAAGAAGACGUACAACAGCGUCAGCAAGGUAGACAAGAUGUCCCGCAUUGUCUUUCCAGUCCUCUUUGCCAUUUUCAACUUGGUCUACUGGGCCACCUACGUAAACCGGGAGUCAGCUAUCAAAGGAAUGAUCCCCAAACAAUAAAACGAAUCAAACAAACCUUCCAUCAGUGAGCACCAUCCAGGCAGGAAUUCUCCAGGGCUUUCUUCUUUUCCUGUUUUGUUUAAUUAUUAUUGUUCAUUUGAAAUUAAUACUAUUAUUACUAUU